AUGACCCCCACAGCCAGACUAUGGAACUUAGGCCUGCUACUGAGCUGUAUAGGACUGGUGAUGUAUGUUGUUGGCUUCAGCACUGACUGGUGGUGUGAUCUGGAUAACGAGGUUUACGCUCCGAUCGCAGGGGCCAGGAUCAACGCUCACUUCGGCUUGUGGCGAAAGUGCAUCACCAUCUCUGUCAACAAUUCUGAAAGAGUUAUAUCUGAUGGCUGUGAGGACAUGGAUAACGAUGAGACCUACAAGCCAGCCGCAAAAACGCUCUGCUCUGUUGGAUUGAUUUUGAGUAUUCUUGGUGUUCCCAUCGCUCUACUCGCUGGAUGCAGUGCUAGUCCCAAAGCCAUGGCAUUUGGGGGAACCUUGAUCCUUGUAGGAGCUGUUGCUGCUGUUGUUGGCAGUGCUGUCUACAUCGGGAAAGCCAAGGACAACGAUGACCGCCUUGAAGCCGAAUACUCUUCCUUCCUGGCAUUAAUAGGUUCCAUCGUGGCAGGCGCCGGCGCCAUCUGUCAACUCUUGUCCAUCAGAACGGGCUAUUAUACCCUGGCUUAG